AAGUAAAAAUUUCAUUUACCUGUGCACCACUCUGUUUUUGUCAUCUUGCUUUGUCUGUAACUGUUUCGGCUUAAGUUUCCGUUUUUCGCGCGUGUUAGAUUUAUCGCAAAAAGUAGUUCGUGAAUAUUGUUAAUAUUUUAUUAAAUAUUGUACCUAAUUCGAAAGUUUCUUAAAAACUCAAGUAACGGAAUUUCAUUUCAUCGAUUUAAUAUAAAAAAUGAGUGCGGGCGUUGUUUUUAAUGUGUUAAAUUCAUAUGUGAAAAGUGGAAUGAAUGUUGUGAGUAUCGUGGGUGAACGUAGUCGGGUUUUCUUACAAAAAUUACUCGCUUAUAAUAAAUUAAGCAAGCGAAUCAAGCAUUUAGAGUUGAAUUGAAGAAAUUUCAACUAUUAUUGUCCAUAAAACUGUAUGAGUAGUGAGUCAAAGCCAGCAACAAUGAAGGACAACAGUUACAAGGUCACGCUAUCAACAUAAAAUAUUUCUGCUGCCAGUGCACAGUGUUAAUUAGUAAACUUUGUGUGAAGUUGAACUAAAUUCUACUUUUGGAAAAGUAAAAGUGUAAGCAAAUUAUUAUAUUAAAAUAUAAUAUUAUUUUAUAAAUCAAGAAAGUGGAAAACGUGGAAAUAAGUGAAAAUACAAUACACAAAAGUAAAUAAAUCAGUAAUUAAUAGUACGUGAUUCCAUCGCUUCGGCUGAUUCGGGCUUAUAAUGCGUUGCUGCAGUUCGUCAUUCUCGCGAAGUUUUCCACUCCAACAAGUGAUAGUGUGUGUCAAUUUUUGUGCAGUGAUUAUUAGUGCAAUCGUAUUUCUCUUAAUUAUGCGUAGCUUGUUUGAUCGGUCCAUGAAAAUCGUGUGUGAAGUGUUUGCUUAAAUUCGUUACGUUUGUCGGUAGUGUUGUAAUGUUUAAGUGCUGCGAAGUCUAAUCUAAUGCGAAAAUAAAAUUUUAAUAGUCAAAUAUAUUACAAGAGGGAGUAAUAACUACAACAACUAACUUAAUGCUGACUCUCCAUGAAUUUUCUACUGAGAAUGGCUAUAGAGAGAAACCGAGAGAAAAAUAUAUGUAAGUAAGUUGUUGUGCUUUUGAAAGACUUAUAUUUGACACUAAGUGGAAGCCAACAAUGACUAACGAUAACAGUUAGGUGGUCACACUUUAAACAUUAAAUAUUUGGCUUGCAAAAACUUUCUACUAAAAACAAAAAAAAAGUAAAUUAAAAUGAUUUAAAAAAAAAACAUUAAUAAUGUUAACUACACAAAAGAAAAAAAAAAACAAAGUGAAAUUUGAAAAUACCAAAUGAUGUAUAGUGCGCCUUUCUUCGGUUUUCUGCUUCGGUUUGCAGUUCGAAAACUUUAUCGUGAAGUUUGUUAAUGUGCGUUUAUAAAAUAUAAUGCAGUGAGUAUUUCCAUUUGAGUCGGUUUUCGUCGGGUUUUUAAUCGGUAAGCGACACUCUUACGUAAUCUGUGUUCUUUAAAAGCGAUCGGUUAGCUUUUCGGUAGUGUAUAGUGUGUAUUUUGUGCGUGUUUUUAAAUGAAAUAAGCUGGAAUGCAAUGGAAGCAAUGAGUUUGCGAAAAUACGAAAUCGAAAAUUGCCAUCAUGAAACCGGUAAUGCAAAGUAGAAGAUAGUCUACAGGCAUGCAUAUGAUUGGCAACUACAGGCCAAAUUAUUAGACUUAAAUGAAAUUGUGUGAUUUAUUAAACUUAUAAUACAAAAAUUACACCAAAUUUUGAAUAUAACAAAGUCUAACUGGACUUAUUGACAUUGAAAAGUGCAACAAACAAAACUUUUGAGGCAGAAAUAAAUAAAAAAAGUGGAAGUUGAAUGUUUGGAAUAUAAAUACUAAUAAAAUAAUGCAAAAAUAAUUUGAGCUAAAACUGAAAUUUUACAACAAAAUAUUCAAAAAAGUAUGCUUUAAGCAAAAAACUAAAGCAUAGUGCCACAAAUUAAAGUCCCAGCAAUUCACACUCGCAACAAAUCAACUCUAGUUUGCUGAAAUGCUAAACCGUAGCACUCACAUAUAGUUAUAGGCGAACAGCUUCAAUUACAACAAAAAAAAAAAAAACGAAUUGACAAAUAACAAGUGUUUUAUUAGCAGCCAGUGAGCGCUUGCAGCUGGACGCCAGCCAAGUGGAAAAUACAAAACAAAAAAAAAAGUGAAUAGAAUUAUAAAUCAAAAUCGCGCAAAUCAAAUAUCGAGUGGAAACGAAGAAGCAACAAAGGAUUUGCAACAACACACUUGUAUUUGCACUGCAGUUAACAAGUUUCAAAUAAAAUGCAACAAAGAGCCGCCGGCAAUACGCCACAGGCCAUGGCUGCGGAGUGGCAGAGGCAGCAACGGCGACGCCAGCGGACAACUCUCGUCACAGCAGCAAUGCUAAAAAUACAUACAAACGCUGCGUCAUCGCUGCUAAUGCGUGGCGCGAUGUUGUUGUUGUUGCUGCUAAUAGUCGACAACAGCGGUUUAGCUGGAUUGCAGCAUGUUGCAGCGCUUAAGGGCGAUAAUCCACGCAUUAUUGAACACCCUAUGGACAUGACAGUGCCAAAAAAUGAUCCCUUCACAUUUAAUUGCAAAGCCGAAGGUGAUCCAACACCAUCUAUACAAUGGUUUAAGGAUGGGCAUGAAUUGAAAACGGAUACGGGUUCACAUCGGCUUAUGUUACCAGCUGGCGGUUUGUUCUUUUUGAAGGUGAUACAUUCACGUCGUGAAAGUGAUGCGGGCACGUAUUGGUGUGUGGCAAAAAAUGAAUUUGGUGUGGCACGUUCGCGCAAUGCCACGCUACAAGUUGCAUUUCUACGCGAUGAAUUUCGUCUCGAACCGCAAAAUACACGCGUCGCACAAGGCGAAGUGGCGCUGAUGGAGUGUGGUGCGCCGCGCGGCUCACCAGAACCGCAAAUUUCAUGGCGUAAAAAUGGACAAACAAUGAAUUUAAGCAGCAAUAAGCGCAUACGCAUAGUCGACGGCGGUAAUUUGGCCAUACAGGAUGCGCGUCAGUCGGACGAUGGUCGUUAUCAGUGCGUGGUGAAAAAUGUGGUGGGGACACGUGAAUCGGCGACAGCGUUUCUAAAAGUGCACGUGCGUCCAUUCCUCAUACGCGGACCGCAAAAUCAAACCGCCGUGGUUGGCAGCUCGGUUAUCUUUCAGUGUCGCAUUGGUGGUGAUCCAUUACCGGAUGUCCUGUGGCGACGCACCGCUUCGGGCGGAAAUAUGCCAUUACGUCGUGUGCACAUCCUAGAGGAUCGUAGCCUGAAAUUGGAUGACGUUACGCUGGAAGAUAUGGGCGAGUAUAGUUGUGAAGCGGAUAAUGCGGUCGGCUCAAUUACAGCCACGGGCACACUAACCGUACACGCACCACCCAAGUUCAACACACGCCCCAAAAAUCAACUGGUCGAAGUCGGUGAUGAAGUGCUCUUCGAAUGUCAAGCCAGUGGCUAUCCCAAGCCCACACUCUACUGGUCGGUCGAGGGCAACAGCUCGUUGCUCUUUCCCGGCUACAAAGAUGGACGCAUUGAGGUGACGCUAACGCCCGAGGGUCGUUCGGUGCUCUCGAUAUUGCGUUUCGCACGCGAAGACUCCGGCAAAGUGGUGGUUUGUAAUGCUUUGAAUGCGGUCGGCAGCGUAAGCAGUCGCACCGUUGUCACUGUGGAUACACAAUUCGAAUUGCCACCGCCAAUUAUUGAGUUGGGUCCCGUCAAUCAAACGUUACCGGUGAAAUCGAUCGUAACGCUGCCGUGUCGCACCAGCGGCACGCCAACACCACAAGUCUCUUGGUAUUUGGAUGGCAUGCCAAUCGAUGUGAACGAGCAUGAGCGUCGCAAUUUGUCCGAGGCGGGCACACUAACCAUAGCCGAUUUGCUGCGUAAUGAAGACGAAGGCCUGUACACGUGUGUGGCGAGCAAUCGUAAUGGCAAGUCAUCGUGGAGCGGUUAUCUACGUUUGGAUACGCCAACCAAUCCGAAUAUUAAAUUCUAUCGUGCACCGGAGCUCUCCACACAUCCGGGACCGCCGGGUAAACCGCAAGUUGUCGAGAAGACCGAAGACUCGGUGACACUAUCGUGGACGCGCAGUAAUAAGGUGGGCGCCUCCAGCUUGGUCGGCUAUGUGGUCGAGAUGUUUGGCAAGAAUGAGACGGACGGUUGGGUGGCUGUGGGCGCACGCAUACAGAAUACAACCUUCAUGCAGGUGGGCAUGGUGGCGGGCGUAAACUACUUUUUUGUCAUAAGAGCGGAAAAUUCGCAUGGCCUAUCGCUGCCGAGUCCGAUGUCGGAGCCGAUUAAUGUGGGCAUGCGUUUCUUCAAUAGCGGCUUGGAUUUGAGUGAAGCACGCGCCAGCCUGUUGUCCGGCGACGUAGUGGAACUAAUUAACGCCAGCAUCGUGGACUCGACAAGCAUGAAAUUGACGUGGCAGAUAAUCAACGGCAAAUACGUGGAAGGCUUUUACAUCUACGCGCGUCAAUUACCAAAUUCGCCAACAAGCGUCACCGGUACGGAGCGCAACAGCGCGAAUGCCAAUCCAUUGCUGGCGGCACGUAGCAGCAGUUCGUCCUUAUCCUCAGCCUCUGCCUCAGCUGAUGCUGCGACGGCCGCAUUGAUUUCGGCUAAACCAAAUAUUGCCGCUGCCAGACGUGAUGCGGCCGUUAAAAAUGCCGCUACCGCAACCAGCAGCACCACAUAUCGCAUGCUAACGAUAUUGAACGGCGGUGGCGCCUCCUCCUGCACGCUGACUGGCCUGCUGCAAUAUACGCUGUAUGAAUUUUUCAUUGUACCCUUCUACAAGUCGGUCGAGGGAAAGCCGUCGAAUUCGCGUAUUGCACGUACACUUGAAGAUGUCAUCAACGAAACACCUUUUGGCAUGGAAGCUGUGCUAUUGAACUCCUCAGCGGUAUUUUUGAAAUGGCGAGCACCAGCAAUUAAGCCACAAAAUGGCAUCUUGUUAUUCUAUCACGUGAUUGUGCGUGGCAUUGACACGGCGCACAAUUUUUCACGCAUACUAACAAAUGUGACCAUUGACUCCGCCUCACCCACAUUGGUUUUGGCCAAUCUAACGGAGGGUGUAAUGUAUACAGUUAGUGUGGCAGCUGGCAAUAAUGCUGGCAUUGGGCCCUAUUGUGCACCAGCAACACUGCGCUUGGAUCCAAUAACUAAAAGACUGGAUCCAUUCAUUAAUCAACGCUACCCUAUCAAUCAGGACAAUGUCGAUGAUGUGCUCACACAACCCUGGUUCAUUAUUCUGCUCGGCGCCUUUCUGGCCAUGAUGAUGCUUUCACUUGGCGCAAUGGUUUUCAUUAAACGCAAGCACAUGAUGAUGAAACAAUCGGCGUUGAAUACAAUCAGAGGCGCGCACCCAAACGAUGUGCUGAAAAUGCCUAGCCUGUCGCGCAAUGGCAACGGUUAUUGGUUGGAUGCAUCCUCCGGUGGCAUGGUGUGGCGCACUUCGCCCUCAGGUGACACACUGGAUCUGCAAAAGGAUCAAAUCGCCGACUAUGCACCUGUGUGCCUGACAAACGGCACUGUUGGCGUGAAUAGCGGUGAAAGCGGUAGUGGUGUUGGCGAACGCAAUCAGCAAAGAUAUGUCGGCGAAUACUCGAAUAUACCCACCGACUACGCUGAAGUGUCCAGUUUCGGCAAGGCGGUCAGCGAAUAUGGCUGCGGUGGCGCGCAACGACACGAAACCAGCUCGCCUGCACCCUACGCCACAUCGGCCAUAUUGAAUGCUGGUCAACACCAGCAGCAACAACAGCAGCCGCGUUAUCAGCAGCGACCAGGCGAUUUCCGCAUGCAACAACAGCAGCAGCAGCAGCAACAACAACAAUUCCUGCAGCCACAUCAGAGACCCAUGCAUCCACACUAUCAUCAGCAGCAGCAGCAACAACAGCAACAGCUGCAACAUCAGCAGCAACACUCUUUGGGCAAUAUUUAUCAGCCGAUGUCGGUGGCCAGCGAAAUUUAUCCGAGCAACUCGAGCAAUCGGUCCGCCUAUUCGGAGCAAUAUUACUAUGCCAAGGAGAAGAUACAUAUUACGGAGAACAAGUUGAGCGGCUGUCACACCUACGACACGGCAGGUGAGCAACACCAACAACAACAACAGCAAUUGCAGCUACAACCAAUGCCACAGCAAUUCAACGGUGUUGGCACGCUGCGGCGGCCACAUUGCAUGGGUGCCGGCAGUGGACGCUUUAAAGUUAUCAUGCAACAGCAACAACAACACCAGCAACAGCCCAGCUUGAGCAUUGAGAAGCAGCAAGUGCAGAAAAUGAAUGCUUUGAACAACAAUAACCACAAUGGCAAUGGCGUUGGCCAUGAUAACGGCACAACAGAGUUGUCGAAAAAUUUGCUGGACUUAGAUGCCGGCUCAUUCUGUUAUAAUGGUCUGGCCGACUCCGGUUGCGGCGGCUCCCCCUCGCCCAUGGCCAUGCUGAUGUCGCAUGAGGACGAUCAGGCGCUGUACCACACGGCGGACGGUGACUUAGAUGGCGACAUGGAGCGUCUGUAUGUGAAAGUCGAUGAGCAACAGCCGCAGCAACAGCAGCUUAAACAGCAACAACAACAGCCACAGCAACACCUACUGCCUUUAACGCCCACAAAUCAAGUGCAUCCCAGCGUAGCCAUCACACUCAGCGCCAACAACAGCGGCAAUAGUUGGCGCACAACAAAUCAACAACAGCAACAGCAAACACAACAGCCUUUCGUGCGCGCCUCCUAUCGCGCUGGCAGCGGCAGUAAUAACCUCAUGAUGAGCAGCAGUAGCAGCAGCGCCGCCAAAAGCAACACCAGCAGCAUCGGUGGCAGCAGUUCGCUGAGUUCGUGUUCGGAGAGUGCGGAAGAACGUCAGCAGCAACAACAUAAGAUGUUGCAAGGCGGCGAUUGUGACUUGAUUUAUGCGCCCAGCAGUGUGGCAAGUGAACGUAGUUUGUUGAGCAGCAGCGGCAGCGGUUGUGGCAGUGGUGGCAGCAUAACGGCUCAUCCGCAAGGACCGUUGGUGUGACCGGUAACGCAGUGCGUUAGCGUGACAUGUGGCGUGGGUAAUGGCACCGCUGUAGGUGUAUCGAAAGGUAUGGGUUUGAUGGGUUACGUGGAGUUAAAUGAUGGCAGUGCGUGCGAUGAGGCAGCUCAGGUGGAUUACUACACACGCGAGGUGCAGGAGUUGUUGGCGUGGUGUGAGCGUGUGAACAAAGGCCAGUUGGAGUCAAGUGAGUGAAGGGAGAGGCGGGUGCGUUAAGAGUGGCAUGUAUAUAGUAAAGAGGCGCGGGGCCGACGGUGUCAUUUGAUAGUUUCUGCUAAUGCAGAUACAUUAUUGCUAGAAUUUUUUAUUUAAUAUUUUGAAAUGAUAAUUUUGUUAUAUUAUAGAAUAGAAAAGAAAUUGUAAAGCACUUAAGGUUUAUUUUAAGUUUUUUGCCUUUCCUUUUUUUUUAACCAAAAAAAAAUCAACUUUGCUCGAUAGUAUUUUAGCUAAAUAGUUAUUUUUGCCAGAUUACUGACGCUUUACACAUUUUUCAGUGGCAUUAAAACUAUUUUUAGCUACUUUUUACAUCUGCAACAUGUUGCCAGCAACAUUUGAAAUUUAAAACUUAUGCUAAAUUUUAUGAAAUUUAAGAAAUAUUUUCUUUUAGCGACAAAUGUUUCUUUUAGUCUUGCAACAUUGUUGCGCAAUAAUGUUUAGUAAAAAUGUUGCGCAACAUUUUUUGAAAAUUUUUUUUUCGAACUACUUUGCUAAAAUAAGUACUUUUCUUUAUAUGCAUACCUUUUUACUUUUUAAAUUUUAACUAGAUGUAAGCAAACAGGACAUCUAUAGGCCUCAGCGAAAAUGUUGUUCCACAUAUAACUUUUUUCGCAACGCUUCAAAUGCGUUUAAAGACUGAAUCUAUAAUAUGGUAUAUAUCUGUAAUUAAAAUGCUGCUGAAAAUUGCUUGCUGCAAAAUGAUUUCAUCAGUAUGAAAUAAUAUUCACCAAUAAAUAUUAUAUGACACAAACUGAAGCAAGUGAUUGUUGUUGUAGUCCUAAUAAAAAAGUAAACUCAAACGCAAACAAGUAUGUGUAAUAUAUUAUACAUUUAAAUGCGAAAUAAUACAUUACGUUGGUUUAUACAUAUGUUGAACUCUAACACUGCCAGAGGAAUACGAACACGCACACACACACAUGUACCCACAUACAAAUACACAAAGUGACAAAGCGAAUUUCAUAGCGACACACUGUAAGAUAGGCUGUUAUUGAUGUAAAAUAUGCAUAAAAGAAAAUGUACUAAAAUAUAGAAAGAACAAUUAUAUUAAUAAUAUAAUAAAUAAGUAAUUGUCAUUUUUUUUAGUAAAACACACACAGAUUUUCUAAAGCGUCAUAAGAAUGUGGCAAAACAUAUUUGUAUGUAAUAUGCUUCCAAGCAAAGUAAUAUUAGCCAGAAAUUGCAAAAUAAAAAUUGUAAAAAUAAAAUUUAUUGAAAUUUAUGUGAAACAAACCUAUUCAAUGUUAAAGUAAGAAAUUUAAAUAGUGUGUGUGUUAAGAAUUACUCUAAAAUCAAAUGUAGUGAGUUUUCAAUUAAUAAACUUUUUGUAAAUAGAAAACCUAUAAUUUAAGUAAAAUUUAUAUGAAUGUUUAUUUGUAGUGAAAGUUACGGGCAAACAUAGUAACAGAGGGAGCAAAAAUGUAAAAGAAAAAAUAUUUGGUAUAUACAUAUAUAAACUUUCAUAAAUAUAUAUAGAUAUAUAAAUAUAUAUUUAUGUACAUGUAUGUAUUUAUGUACAAUAUGUAUAUGAUAAAAGAUAUUUACAUUGUAUACUACAUAUUUUGCAUAAGAUUUUGUACAUCUACUCUUGGCUGUUAGCACGUAGAACCUCGGCUUAAGAGAAAACAAAAAUAAAACAAAUUUAAAAUUUCACAUAUUUACAUAAUAUAUAGCAAACCCAUAUUAUUCUUUACUUCUAAAACUUAAAAUUUUUUUUUAAAAAAAGUAGGUAAUCUCUAUUAUUCUGAACAUCUAAAAUUUAGAAUUUAUAAAACUUUUUUUGAAAGUUUUUAUCGCAUGCGAGAAAAUUUCAAAUCGAACUUGUUUAAAGAAUUGGAAGUAAACUUUUAAAAUGAAAACUUUUGCUUAUAAAAAUAUUUUUGAUAAUUUUAUCGCAUGUGAGAAUUUAGACUUGGAAGUAAACUUUUAAACUAAAAACUUUUGCUUAUGAAAAUAUUUUUGAUAAUUUUAUCGCAUGGGAGAAUUUAGAGGUGUUUUUUAAAGAAUUGGAAGUGAAAAUACUUUUCUUUUUCACAAUAUUUGUUUCUAAAAUUAAAUAAAAAAAUUUAAUUCACUGUUUUUUAUCUUUUAACACAUGCGAGAAAUUUUCAAAACGGACUUGAUUAAAUACAAAAGUCAGAAGUCAAUUUUUUUUUUUUAAUAUUUCCUCUUAAAGGUGUAUUAAAUUUGCACAAUGUUUGUAAUACAGUCAAUGGCGCAAUCUCUGAAGAAAUUUUCAGAUCGGAUCACUAUAGCAUAAAUGUAGUUGCCAUAUAAACGGACCUUUCAAAGUUCUUGUAACAAAUCUUUGGAAUUAAUGAAGGUUGUUAUAGCAUCAGCUUUUCUUACUUAAAUAACUUUGCUUUACGACUUCUUAAUUUUUUAUCGCAAAAAUUCUAACUAAAAGUUUACUUUAGUAUCGAAAUAAGUAUCUUAUUUGCUUAAAUACUUUUUGCGCGUGCGAGAAAAUUUCGAAAAGUAUUUGAAAAACAUGCUAUGUUUCAAAACUUAAUAUUAAAAAUUUUAAAAACCCGACAUGUUUAACAACUUAUAUCGAAAAUAAAAUUUUAAUGUGCUGAAAACACUAAUUUUAUUAUUUUAAAUAAAAAACUCGGCUGCAUUAUUUUUUCGCUACCUUAUUAACGCAUGUAAUAUAUUUUCAGCACGGAAAUGCUUAAAAAAAUUAUGAGAAAACAUAACAAUUUACUGCUGUUCAUACAACAUUCAUUCAAAUGAAAAUAUUUUUUCAAACGGGUUUUAUCACAUGCGAGAAUUUUUUAUUUACCGAGCUUUUACAUUUGCCAGCCAAACACAUGUACAUAACUGUAUACGUAAAAAAAUACUAAUUUUAUGUAUAUAUCAAUCUAUGUAUGUAUGUAUAUAUACAAAAACACAAACAUAUAUUUAUGAGGAAUAUGCUACAAUACUUAGUAAAUAUAAACUUAAAAUAAUAAUAUGUUAUGUGUGUAAAUGUGUAAUAAUAGCAAUAAUAUGUAGUAUUUAACUAUCAAAAUAUAAUAUUUAAAUGCAAAUAAUGUAAAUCUCGAAAUUUAUUUAAACGCUACAAACAAACAUACACAAAAAACUGCCGUUAUAAAAUGUAUAAUUAACGCAUAUAUCUACUUAAUUGCCACUAAAUGCAACGUGGCUGGUCUAAAUUUCAUAUAUGUACCUACAUAUUGAUAUUUCGAUAUUUUGUUUUUUGAAUGUACGAGUAUUUCAAACAGUCUGGCCAUAAGUUCACUAGUAUUAGUUUGUAAACAUUUAAGCUUAUUUUGUAUGUGACUGUAAAUUAUUCGCUUUAUUAUUAUAAUUACAAACAUUUUUGCAAUGCACUUCCGUUUAAUUACAAUUUAUGUAUGUAUACAUAUACAUUUGUACCCUUAUAUGAUUUACGCUUGCAACCAGAGCGCAAUAUUUGUAAUAAUAAGUACCUUUACGCUUAGACUAAGCAUUUGUGUUGGCAUCAAUUUGAAUACAAACAUACAACACAAACACAUGCCACACUAACACAUGCAUAUAUAUAUAUAUACGUGUACACAAAAUAAAUUUAGUUAUAUAGUGUUGUUAUUCUAGUGCUAUCUUCCUAAAAUCUACUUUAUAAUUAAUAUAAUUGAGAGAAUAAAAAAAAACGAAAUUUACUAUAUUAAUUAUAUAUAUGUAAAUUAUAUGUGUGUACGUAUGCAUGUAUUGGUAGGCAUAUAUUUGAUAAUUGCCUUUUCAUGCAAAAGGCUAAAUUUAUAACUAAAUAAUAGAACCUACAACAUACAACUACUAAGAGCAUAUGUAAAAUAUUGCCGCAGCGCACAAAGCAAAAAAUGUGUGUUGGGCGGGGAGCUAGCAAUUAGUAUGAAUAAAUGCCAUAACUAUCAAAUGAAAAUCAUAAA